AUGGGCACGUUCAAUAUCCCCUCCGAGGGGCUCGUCCUAAGACGGGACCCCAAGUCCAACACCCAGAGUAAACACACGACAGAGCCCACCCAGGUGAUCCGGUUGGACUUGGUUGAGUCCGUGACCAAGGACAUUCUUCGAUGCCUCAAAAGUAACGAGCAAGUUCGGUUCCGAUGUGGAAAAAGACCAGUGGUGCAGUUUGGCAAGAAAACCAUAACGCUGGAAAGCAGCGUCGAGACAUUCCCCACCGAGAUCUAUUCCAAGUCCGACGACGACACAACCCCUCUAUAUUUCACUGGCAAGUCAAGCCAUAGGCUGGAGGUCAGGAAAGCUGAAAAAGAUACCGCAAAGGCCGACGAGGCCUUGGCUACCCUGGAAAGCACCCUUAAAUCUAUACAGGAGGAACGAGCGUGGAAUGAGACGAGCUUGAAAGAAGACCUGAAACAAGCAGCAAGGAAAGAUGUGAAACCGUCACCCUUAUUAGGACAGGGCGCUGCUCUGAGGAAAGAUCAUCUGUUAGGAUCUUUGAACAGAUCUACGCCGGGGAGUCCUUUUCUGAGUGCCUCGUAUUCUCCCCGGCUUGGGCCUACCUCGGCCCCUUUGUCCUCUGGCAUGUCGACAAAGGAUCGAAUACGACUCGAUGCUAUUCGCGUGCCGCUCGUGCACCUUCUGGCUGUCCGGCCCAUGACACCAAAAGCGAUCUGUGACCAACUGCGCGCAACCAAGGACGACAUCGACAAACUGCUCGAUAAGGUGUCACGGGAGUCCAAAGCAGAGGAUGGGAAAAGGGAGUUGAAGGAAAAGAGUUACCGGGAAUUGGAUGUGUGGAAAUUCCAGUACCGCUCGCAGGAGGAGAGACAAGCAGCUAUCGAUCAUGCCAUCCAAGCUUAUGACAGGAUGAGGGUGGAGAAGAAAGACCCUCUCUGGCAACUUUUACUUCCCUCAGAGGAAAGGGGAAAGGGUAAGGUCUUGUCAAAGCUGAACUUUGACAAGCCAGUAUCCAGUCACACCACGCCCAGGCCUGACCGUCCGAAUGAGGACGGCAACGAGGUUAAAAAUGAGGUGUCAGAUCGAGAUCAUGGUAAGCCCCGAGCGAAGAAGGAUAAGGAGCCAGUGGGUGUCGAAAAGGCGCGCAAAGAAAAAGUUCCUACCAAGGCUACCGUCAAGGGUGAUACAAGUGGUACUGGCAGGGGCAAGGACAAGGAGACCUCACACCUAAAGUCUGCCAAACCAGAUGCCAAAUUCAAGUCCUCUGAACGCAUUGAGGACUCUGAUGAAGAAGCCGAAGCAGCAGAAGUCGUCGCCAAGCCCAAGAAGCACGACGCAGGGAAAACGAAAUCAACGCCCGCCGUGAAGAGAAAGCCAGAACCAGCUCCUCUCAAAUCGGCCAAGUCGCCUCUCACAACCGCAUCCCCGAAAAAGACUGCCCACAAGUCCACGCUCUCAAGCUCGUCGUCAUCGAGUGGUAAUAACAGUGCCAGUGACAAGCCUCGUUCUGCCGCCACAGGCCCCUCCAAGUCGUUGAAACCCCAGAAUCAUCAGAAGCUGGAAAGUACGGCUUCCCGCAUUUCUCCACGGCCACGGCACGACAGUUCACCGCAGAAGCCGUCGCCCCUUGGCUCUUCACCUCCCACCACCUCGACUGACGUGGACCACUCCAGCUCCAGCAAGGCAUCAAAUCAAUCUUCAGCCCCAUCAUCUCCACCGUCCAGCACCGACAUGCCCCAAGCGAAACAGGGCAACAAAUACUCUCCUGUCAUCUCAGACAAAAGUAGGAACGUGUCUCGCGGCAGGAGUCCGGGUCCGAACACUGUGAAGCGCAAAGCCGCCCCUUCCGACGACGAUCGUCCUGCAAAACGGCAGCAUCAGCAACAAACGUCUACUUCAAGUCAUUCGACUCCCUUGCUGAAUGGUGCAGCCGAGCACCCUAUCCUAAAACGCCCUGGUGCUCCGAUCCGCACCGAUUCUGAACGAUCAUCCAGCCCCGAUAAACCAGGACCCAACCGGGCGGAUGUCAUUGAGGAGGCGAGAAGGUUUCAGAAGUAUUACAAACGCUACAAGGACCUUUACGACAAGAUAUCGCAGGUGGACGAGAAGGAGCGUGAUGACAAAGACAUGACUGACCUUUGGAAGAUGCACAAGCGGCUCAAGGAGAUGAAGGCCGAUAUCUGGGCCAAUUGGGGGAGAAUCGAGAAGCUCGGUAUGGCUGACACUAAUGGGGAGGUGAGAGCCAUGCUUGCUGUGGCAUGA